GCCCUGACAACUUUCCGUCGCCAUUGCGGCUCAAGCCAUGUGGGAUCAAGGGAGCACUGCUCGAGCGGUGGCCCGCAGCUGCGGGCUCGGCUAGGUCCCAUUCGGGUCGCGAGCUCAUGCGAUGGCUGAAGAGGACCAGCCGAUUUUGGAGGUUGACCCUCGUGAGAUCAAGUACCUGAGUAUCAUCGGCGAGGGGACAACAGCAGUAGUCCACUUGGCAAGAUUCAACGCCGCUCACGUGGCGGUGAAGGAGAUCCGCGCGUCCGCCGAUGCCGGAUGCGACGAAGGUACGCUCCAGGCUGUGGAGCGGGAGGUCGGGACUCUGAGCCAGGUCAACACGAGAACAUCGUAGGCUUCAUUGGGAUCACCUUGGCGGCUCUGCCCAUCCGCCUCGUGCUGGAGUACUGCGCGGGCGGCUCCCUCUUCGAGCUGCUCCACAACAGGUAUAACGUCCCGGUCUCGUGGAAGCAGAGGCUAAAGAUGUUGUCGGACGUCGCCUCGGCCCUCGACUACCUCCACAACUUCGAGCCCCCCAUUCUGCACCGCGAUCUGAAGAGCCUGAACAUGAUGCUCCUGGACCAGGUGACGAACGAGUUCGACGACGUCGUGGUCAAGCUGGGAGACUUCGGCUUCGCCAGGAUCCUCGAGGAGAGGAGCAUGACGCGCGGCGUCGGCACGAAGCAUUGGAUGGCGCCGGAGGUCCUCGCAGGCACCAACUACACCGAGAAGGCGGACAUCUUCUCUUUCGCUAUGGCGGCAUUUGAGGUGAUUUGCAGGCAGGUGCCCUUCGAGAUGCUCGACCCAACCUCCGUCGCGCAGGCGAUCAGCCGGGGCGAGCGGCCCGAAUGGCUGGACCCGCAGGACCUGUUGGCGAACAUACCCGAUGGUUUGCUAGUCAUGGUGGAGUCCUGCUGGGCUCAAAGUCCAGGUGAUCGCCCAACCAUUGGCCAGAUAAAGGGCGAGAUCGAGAGGCUGCGCUAGAUUGUCUGGGAGAGUUUCAGGCUGUGAGCUGGCGGUAGCUAGUGCACAUGACAUUCGAAAUGUGCCAGCUGCAGUAGCCAGUCGUCUUGCUUUUGCAGAUCGCAGGUAGCCUCAUUCGCUAGAGCUAGCUAUGUCAGCGCGCAUAUACGAUGCGGGAGUACACAAGAAAAAUCCCUAACAACUUUCGUGAG